AUGAAAAUCCACGAGCAAUGCGUUGUUGCCCCUCCUCCAUCAGCCACCCAAACAUCCAUCACUCUCACUUUCUUUGAUUUAUUUUGGCUCAGGCUCCGUCCAUAUGAGCUCACAUUCUUCUAUUCCCUCCCUCCUCCACACUCAGAGCCUUCUUUUUUCUUUGCCAACGUCGUUCCAAAGCUCAAAACCUCUCUCUCUCACACCCUCCAUUACUUCCUCCCUCUCGCUGGAAACAUCGUUUGGCCUUCCGAUUCCCCAAAACCCAUCGUCCAAUUCACACCUGGUAAUGGUGUUUCCGUGGUGGUUACUGAGUCCGAUGCUGAAUUCAAUCACGAGAUAGACUACUCACCCCGUGAAGCUGCACGCUCUCAUCCUUUGGCACCCCACUUGCACUCGUCGGAUUCUCUUGCUUCUGUUGUGUCUUUUCAGAUCACUCUAUUUCCUAACAAAGGAUUCAGCAUUAGCAUGAGCAUCAAUCAUGCUGUCCUUGAUGGAAAAUCUGCAGCUAUGUUCAUCAAGGCCUGGGCUUUUCUAUGCCGAAGCCAGACCAACAAUGAAACACAAAUACCAUCUUUGGUGCCAGAAUUGGAGCCUUCCUUUGACAGAACCCUCAUCAAAGAACCAGACUUCACCGAAACUUUGACAGGCUUCUUAUUAAAAAGAUUCCCUCAAGAAAACAGAGACCCGCGAUGCUUGAAGAUUAUACCUUCCUCACCAGUACCUAAAGACGCGAUUCGAGCCAAGUUCGUUCUCACACGACGGGAUUUGGAGAAGAUAAAGAGAAGGGUCUUGCUCAAGUGGGAUGUAGUGGAAGAAUCAAAAUCAACCGUCUUUUCAAAGCCUCCUACUUUAUCUUCCUUUGUUGUCACCUGUGCUUAUGUGACAGUUUGCAUUGCAAAAGCCGUGCAUGGAAUUGACAGGGAGAAACAAAAGUUUGCUUUUGAGUUCGCGGCUGAUUGGAGGUCCAGGUUAGAGCCUCGACUCCCUGAUAACUAUUGUGGAAACUGUGUGUGGAACAGUUUGGUGAAUGCAGAUCCGUCAGACUAUAUUAAGGAAGAAGGGGUGGUGAUUGUUGCUAAGCACAUUCAUAGAAAGGUAAAGAUGUUAGAAAAGGGGGCAGCUUUUGAAAGGUUUUCUCAAAUCAUGGAUUUGUUAAGGAAGGGGGAUGUACAAAUGAUUGGAGCAGCAAUGUCUAACCGAUUUGGAGUUUAUGAUACUGAUUUUGGUUGGGGAAAGCCCGCUAAGGUGGAGAUGACAUCGAUGGAGCAAAAUAAAACUCCACGCAUUGGGUUGGCAGAGACCAAGGAUGGGAGUGGUGGGGUUGAAGUUGAGCUGGUUAUUAUGAACAAACAUGUGAUGGAUCUGUUUGCUACUUUGUUUCGUGAAGGACUGUGUGAUGAUGAUUGA